CUCGCAAGUCGCAAGGUAUAAAUACCGACCGAAGGGCUGAACUCCGCGCAGUAACUUCAGUAUACCAGUGAAUACCACACAAGUCACAGUGAGCAGCAGAAAAAUUUUCAGUUUGUGUCUCCAACCACCAUGUUACAGUCAAAGAAAAAAAUCACCGGCAAGGCAGUUUUGAUAUUCUUGAUAUGUUUGACAAGCGUCGAGAGCUUCGUCGAAAGAGCGAGGGAUUACGGGGGGGAAUCAACCAACGGGGAAGCUCAUUUGCAACGAAACCAAGCAAGAACCCACCGAAAUCUGAAGCCCUCCAAUGAUGGCCAGGAACGCGGACUGUCCCAACACAUCUACGAUAAACGCAGCUUCAGGACUGGAUCCAUUGCUCAUAGAGAUACAAGCACCGAAGAACAACUCGACACCUCCAGAAUAAAUAUAAGACAAUUCCGUCUCCAAGAAGUUGGAAGAGUAUCUGAAGAUAACUCAUUUAGAACGUCAACUGAAGAUCGAAGAUCUGCGGAAAAAAAAAUAUUCGAGAGACGUACUCUGGACUCCAUUUUGAAACGUGAAGCUGCAUACCUGGAAAGGAGCAAUGUCCGAGGAUCCAGGACUCGGCUUGUCAACAUCCAAGACUCUUCGAGAACUGCUAGAACUAGAACUACGGGUCGUGGUACUUCAUCCCCACGACAUAUCAGGUCAACUCGACAACUCGUAGAUGCAAGAGAUCCUGCAAUACAUGAAAAAUCUGAUAGAGGAACUGUCAGAUACUCUCGCAAACCUCAUAAACUUGACACUAUCAGAGAAGAUUCUAGAGAGUUUAUUGAAUCUUUGAGGAGGAUUUCAAACUUUGCCGAUACAAGGUCUUCAGCAUUACGAGAUAAUCCUCCUGAUCAACUAUCUGGACCUUCUGAAAGAGGUGUUUCGAUCAAACGUUCCAUAGGGUAUACAGAAAAAAGAAUUGUAUCUUCAGAACCUAAUGAUAGGAAUCUACAACGAACUUCAUCCUUGGAUGAUGCCAAACUGUAUAGAGAAGAGCGUAACAUGGUUGAUAGGAAUAGUUUACAGCUUUUGGAAGAUUCCAGAAUGUCUGAACGGAUCCGAGAAGAUCGAUCCAGGGAGUCUAGGCAAGGCAAAUCCCUUGCUGAUAGGAGAAACUCACAACGAAGAAUGUCCAUUGCAGAUUCCAGGAUGCCUGCAGAAAUUCUUGAAGAUCGUUUCAGGGAAUCUAGGCAAGAACGAAACUCAAGGAUGGAAUCUCGAGUGCGAGAUGAAAGGCUCACUUCUGUUGAUACAAGAAACCCUCAACGAAAAAUGUCUUCUGAAGAUUCCAGGGUUCCUGAACAGAUCCGUGAAGAACGAGUCAGGAGCUCUAGGCAGGCACGAGACUCUUCAACGCAAUCUCUGGUUCGAGAUGAGAGACACAACCUUGCUGAUAGGAGAGGUUCACAACGAAGAUCCGUCGAAGAUUCCAGGGUUCCUGAACAGAUUCGUGAAGAAGGAGUCAGGAACUCUAGGCAAGCACCAGAUUCUUCGACCCAAUCUGGGGUUCGAGAUGAGCGACGCAACCUUGAUAACAGGAGAGGCUCACAACGCAGAUCCGUUGAAGAUUCCAGGGUUCCUGAACAGAUUCGUGAAGAACGAGUCAGGAACUCUAGGCAAGCACGAGAUUCUUCGACCCAAUCUGGGGUUCGAGAUGAGAGUUUCAACCUUGCUAAUAGGAGAGGUUCACAACGAAGAUCCGUUGAAGAUUCCAGGGUUCCUGAACAGAUUCGUGAAGAACAAGUCAGGAACUCUAGGCAAGCACGAGAUUCAACGACCCAAUCUGGGGUUCGAGAUGAGAGUCUCAACCUUGCUAAUAGGAGAGGCUCACAACGAAGAUCCAUCGAAGAUUCCAGGGUUCCUGAACAUAUUCGUGAAGAACGAAUCAGGAACUCUAGGCAAGCACGAGAUUCAACGACCCAAUCUCUGGGUCGAGAUGAGCGACGCAACCUUGAUGAUAGGAGAAGCUCACAACGAAAAUCCGUUGAAGAUUCCAGGGUUCCUGAACAGAUUCGUGAAGAACGAGUCAGGAACUCUAGGCAAGCACGAGCGUCUUCGACCCAAUCUGGGGUUCGAGAUGAGAGGCUGAACCUUGCUGAUAGGAGAGGCUCACAACGAAGAUCCGUUGAAGAUUCUAGGAUUCCCGAACAUAUUCGUGAAGAACGAGUCAGGAACUCUAGGCAAGCACGAGAUUCAACGACCCAAUCUCUGGUUCGAGAUGAGAGACUCAACCUUAAUGAUAGGAGAGGCUCACUACGAAGAUCCGUUGAAGAUUCCAGGGUUCCUGAACAGAUUCGUGAAGAACGAGUCAGGAACUCUAGGCAAGCACGAGAUUCAACGACCCAAUCUGGGGUUCGAGAUGAGAGUCUCAACCUUACUAAUAGGAGAGGCUCACAACGAAGAUCCAUCGAAGAUUCCAGGGUUCCUGAACAUAUUCGUGAAGAACGAAUCAGGAACUCUAGGCAAGCACGAGAUUCAACGACCCAAUCUCUGGUUCGAGAUGAGCGACGCAACCUUGAUGAUAGGAGAGGCUCACAACGAAAAUCUGUUGAAGAUUCCAGGGUUCCUGAACAGAUUCGUGAAAAACGAGUCAGGAACUCUAGGCAAGCACGAGCGUCUUCGACCCAAUCUGGGGUUCGAGAUGAGAGGCUGAACCUUGCUGAUAGGAGAGGCUCACAACGAAGAUCCGUUGAAGAUUCUAGGAUUCCCGAACAUAUUCGUGAAGAACGAGUCAGGAACUCUAGGCAAGCACGAGAUUCAACGACCCAAUCUCUGGUUCGAGAUGAGAGACUCAACCUUAAUGAUAGGAGAGGCUCACUACGAAGAUCCGUUGAAGAUUCCAGGGUUCCUGAACAGAUUCGUGAAGAACGAGUCAGGAACUCUAGGCAAGCACGAGAUUCAACGACCCAAUCUGGGGUUCGAGAUGAGAGUCUCAACCUUACUAAUAGGAGAGGCUCACAACGAAGAUCCAUCGAAGAUUCCAGGGUUCCUGAACAUAUUCGUGAAGAACGAAUCAGGAACUCUAGGCAAGCACGAGAUUCAACGACCCAAUCUCUGGUUCGAGAUGAGCGACGCAACCUUGAUGAUAGGAGAGGCUCACAACGAAAAUCUGUUGAAGAUUCCAGGGUUCCUGAACAGAUUCGUGAAAAACGAGUCAGGAACUCUAGGCAAGCACGAGCGUCUUCGACCCAAUCUGGGGUUCGAGAUGAGAGGCUGAACCUUGCUGAUAGGAGAGGCUCACAACGAAGAUCCGUUGAAGAUUCCAGGAUUCCCGAAUAUAUUCGUGAAGAACGAGUCAGGAAUUCUAGGCAAGAACGAGAUUCAACGACCCAAUCUCUGGUUCGAGAUGAGAGACUCAACCUUGCUGAUAGGAGAGGUUCACAACUAAGAUCCGUUGCAGAUUCCAGGGUUCCUGAACAGAUUCAUGAAGAACGAGUCAGGAACUCUAGGCAAGCACGAGAUUCUUCGACCCAAUCUCGGGUUCGAGAUGAGAGACUCAACCUUGAUGAUAGGAGAGGCUCACUACGAAGAUCCAUUGAAGAUUCCAGGGUUCCUGAACAUAUUCGUGAAGAACGAGUCAGGAACUCUAGGCAAGCACGAGAUUCAACGACCCAAUCUGGGGUUCGAGAUGAAAGACUCAACCUUGCUGAUAGGAGAGGCGCACAACGAAGAUCCAUCGAAGAUUACAGGGUAAUUCGUGAAGACCGUGAGAGAAGCUCUAGGCCAGAACGAGACACGAAGAUCAAAUCUCGGUUUCCCGAAGAGAUAGUCAUUACCGCUGACAGGAGAAACUCACAGCGAAGAACGACCUUUGAAGAUUCUAGGGUGCCUGAAGAAAUUCGUGAAGAACGCGUCACGAACUCCAGGCAAGAACGAGAAUCCAGGAUCGAAUCUCAAGUUCAGCGUGAGAGACUUAAUCUUAUUGAUAGGACCGACUCACAACGAAGAAUGUCUUUUGGAGAUUCUUGGAUUGCUGAAGAAACUCGUGAAGACCGCUACAUGAAAUCUAAACAGGAACGAACGUCAAAGUUAGAAUCUCGGGUCCGAGAUGAACGCCUGAGUUCUGUUGAUAGGAGAGACCCACAACGAAGAGUGUCUGACGAGGAUUCCAGGAUGUCUGAAGAAAUUCGUGGAGAUCGUCUUAGGGAUUCUAGGCAGGAACGAGACUCAAGCAUCGAAUUUGGAGUUCGAAAUGAGAGGCUCAAUCUUGCUGAUAGGAUAAAUAUGCAACGAAGAACGUCCUUUGGAGAAUCCAGGGUAUCUGAAGGAACUCGUUAUGACCUUUUCAGGGAUCCUACGGAAGAAAGGGACUCAAGAAUACAAUCUCGGGUUCGAAACAUGAGGCAAAACCUUGCUGAUAGGAGAAACACGCAACGAAGAGUAUCCGUUGGAGGUUUCGUGGUGCCUGAAGAGAUCCGUGAAGACACAGUCAGUGAGUUUAGGCAGAAACGAGAUUCAAGGAUCCGAGAUUGUUCUCGGGUUCGAGAUGUGAGGCUUCAGCUUGAUGAAAGUAGAGACUCGCAACGAGGCAUGUCCGUUGAAGAUUCCAGGGUGCCUGAAGAGAUCCGUGAAGAUCGAGCCAGGGACUAUAGGCAGGAACGAGACUCAAGGAUCGAAUCUAGAAUUCGAGAUGAAAGGCUCAAUCUUGCUGAUGGAAGAGACCAACGAACAACGACCUUUGAAGAAUCCAGGGUAUCUGAAGAAACUCGUGAUGACCGUUACAGAAAGUCUACGGAAGAAAGGGACUCAAGGAUACAAUCUCGGGUUCGAGAUGUGAGGCAAAAUCUUGCUGAUAGGAGGGAUACUCAACGAAGAGUGUCCGUUGAAGGUUUCAGGGUGCCUGAAGAGAUCCAUGAAGAUCGAGUCAGGGACUUUAGGCAGGAACGAGACUCAAGGAUCAGUUCUCGAGUUCGAAAUGAGAGGCUUAAUCUUGUUGAAAGACGAGACUCAAGAGGAAGAUUAUCCUCUGGAGAAUCCAGGGUUCCUGGAGACCGGGUCAAGAGCACUAGGCAACAGCGAGACUCAGAAAUCAAAUCUCCGAUUCAGGUUGACAGGCUUAAUCCCGCUGACAGAAGGGACUCACAGCAAAGAAUAUCAUUUAAAGACUCUAAGCAGAUUCGUGGGGGACGAAACUCUAGGCGAGAGCCAGACUUAAGGAUGGAAUCUCAAGUUCGAGAUAAUGACCUCAAUUUGGGUAAGAGAAAUCCAGAACGAAGAAUGACCCUUGAAGAUUCCAGGGUGCCAGAAACCCGUGAUCUCCGAACUCUAGAACUCAGUGACUACACAAGGAAGAUCCGGAAUAACCGAAAUGAUAACAGAUUCAAUACUCGCGUAGUGAGGCAGAACUUUGAAGAUCACUUCAGGCGGACCAGGAAAAUAAGUGAAGAGAACUGGACCUACCGGCUCGAUGAGAGACGAUCAGAUGAAAAUAGACAAGUCAGAGAACCGUUCUUAGUCCGCAACUCGAGAGACCGUGUAGAUUUUGAAGAUAUGCGAAAAGAAAGACAAUUAAGAAGGAGUACCUUCAGAGCAAUUUCUUCUGGUUCUGACUCCCCCAGGAGAGAAAACAAAAUUGCUAAUGACAAUUUCAAAACAGAAUCGAACAACACAACUUCAACACGUAACUUUGGAGAUGCAUUGGGCCAAACUUAUGACUAUCAAGACACCGUGUGGAUGGAAGCUAUGAAGUUUGCGUUGGCUGUAUUCCUGUUUGGACAGAUUUACGUGGGUUCUUCCGAAAAACACAAACUCAGAAUAACGAAUGUGAUUGCAGCGCUACGCUUGAAGAAAGAAAAAGUACAAUAAAAGACAGGAAGCCAAACUUUCGAUUUUUUAAUUUACGUUAAGAUUGAUAUAUAUGACGACCACGCUAUGAUCAAGGUACCUAGAUAACGCUGUAUUCUAGCUGUUAAGAGAAGAAUGUUACAUAAGAUUCAAAGUCUAUCAAAGUUUUUUCGUUUUAGCUGUAACCUGCACAUGUAACGAACAUAACCAAAAUAAAUGUUGUUAAUCAAG